AUGGGUGUCCAGGAGAUCAAGACGCCUGCUGAAUUCCAGGAGAAGGUCAUCGCCUCUGGCAAGCCAGUCGUGGUCGAUUUCUUCGCCACCUGGUGCGGCCCUUGCAAGGCUGUUGCCCCUGCCAUCGAGAAGUUCAGCAACGAGAACCAGGGCGUCGAGUUCUACAAGGUAGAUGUUGACGAGCUUCAGAGCGUCGCUGCCGACUUGGGUGUCAGUGCCAUGCCUACCUUCGCCUUCUUCAAGGACGGCCAGCAGAUCAAGGAAUUGACCGUCCGCGGGGCCAACCCUGGCGGUGUCCAGAACGGUGUCAAGGCCCUGCUUGCCUAA